AUGAAGAUCCCAGUUCUUUCUGCUGUGGUUCUUCUCUCUCUUCUGGCGCUCCACUCUGCUCAGGGGGCUGCCCUGGAUAGUUCUAAGGAAGAAACCACCAUUGGUAAUUAUGCCAAAGGACCUGAGGCCUUUAAUACUCAGUUCCUGAACAUCGACAAGUUACGAUCUGCUUUUAAGAAUGAGGAAUUCCUGAACUGGCAUGCCCUCUUUGAGACUAUCAAAAGGAAGCUUCCUUUCCUCAACUGGGAUGCCUUUCCUAAGCUGAAAGGAUUGAGGAGUGCAACUCCUGAUGCCCAGUGA